AUGUUCAGAAAGACAUCAAUCAGUACUGACAAGCCUGAAAAGAAGAAAAUAGGCAGAAUCUACACACGUGUGGAUGAAGACGAGGAGAGCGUGCGCAACAUGGCACGGCGUGGAAUGGACCUCAUAGCAGAGGAGGGUGUGGAGGGAUACGAGCGUGUAAUGCAGCUAAAGCUAGAGAGGGAGUUCAGAGAGAUGUGCAGGAUCGGCAAAAAGACAGGCACAGUCCAUGUGCAUCCUCCUUCUGCUCUGGAAGGGUCUGACCGUUACCACAGCUCAGAGAGUAGGUGGUCCGAUCACCCAAGCAGCAGCCUUGAGAGUGUGUGCACAACUGCGGAUAAUGCAGGGCAGUACGACAGUAUGGAGGCUAUGGGAUACGAGAUGGACUAUCUGGAGGAUCCUAUUCUUGGCCGGGCAGUUGCGCGAACGAAGUGCAGCGAUACGUGCGGGUGCUACGGCACCGAUGGUGAAGUGAAUGCGGCUAAUGAAAGAAUUAGACAGGGUCUCGGAGAUGCCCACGACGAGUUUGCCACCGACGAUUGUAGGUGUGUGUCUGCCAACGGCCCCUAUACCAACAUGCCCUACACCAACGGAGGCUUUCUUCAGGACGCUUGCCCUAUCGAAUCAUAUUAUGAACCGGCACUGGUGCAAAUGGGCGUGCAUCCAGUCGAUUCAUACAAUGUGUGCGAUCCAAUACCGAUGCAGCAUUAUUUCACAUCCGAGUGGCCCAUGCAAGGCCCAAAUGACCCAAUUAUUGAUACCAACUUUGACCGAUACAAGAAGAACUCGCUCAGAUACCAAGAGUCACCAACUCAUGAUGCUCACAUAUGGCCGUCUGUGCUUGACACCGGCGCGCUAGGGCCAAUUGCCAGGCUGCUCAGACGAGCGGGAACAAGCGAGGGAGAAGGACAAACUUAUAGUCAGCAUGAAAUGGAGCAGCAGAGGAAUGAUCAGGUGUAA